AUGUAUAGACCUUCAUAAUUUUCUAAUUACGAAAAUUAAUUGGAAACUAAGAAGAAUCAAAGGCAGGCUUAGAAAUAAUUAUUUAAAUAAGAAUAACUCUAGGAUUCAGCUUUAAUACAAUAUUAUAUUUUUGAAGAUUAUCAGAACUUGAUAAACUUGAUUUAUUCUUUAAUUACUGUUUAAAACUAUUUUGAAAAUGAUCCAAAUAAUCAAGUGGUUGCUUUGAGCAGAAAUAAAAUUGUUGCUUAACUAAAUUUAUCAAAUACACUUCAUCAAGAUUUAUAGUCAAAAUAUAUAAGCAAAUAACAUUAAUAAUUUAUCAAAUAGGAGAGGAAAAAAGUUUUAGAUUUUAUAUCUCAUCUACCUUCAGAAAUAAGAAACUCUUAAUAUCUUUAAACGUAUAAAAUUAAUAGUCUGUCUGAUAAUGUUAAAAGCGCAUUUCAAUAACUUGAACAUAUCAGUAUAACUCCUAAUUUUAAUUAAAAUGUUGUAGCCUAAACUGUGUAAUCAAUGUAAUUAAUUGAUUAAAGGAUUAAUUAAAUAACAUCUUCGAAUCACUAUAAUGUGCCAUCAUUCAAUGAUGUCUAAUUAAAAGCAAAGUAUUGAGUAAUAAAUAUAUAUUUAGUUAAUAUCAGAAUAUUACUCAAAAAAAGUUAGAGGCUUCCUUUCCUAAGUCUAUUUCAUUAUCCAAUUAAUAAUAUUACCAAUAAUAGAAAAAUUCAUCAUAAUAUGUUGGAAGAAGUUAAUCAUGCAAAAAUGUUCCUUAACAAAGAAAUUAAUAAAUUAAUUAAAGUAAUUUUCGUAAUAGCUAAUUCUAAAAUAAAUAGGGAUAAGGUUAUUUGGCUAAUUGUACAAUUUUAGGUAAAAAUUUAGGAUGA